AGUGACGCAGAGACUAUUAUUAAUAAAUAUCAAAUGUCAUUUUCAAUAAGUUUUAACGAAACAUUAAUAGAAAAUCCUUUUAGUUAUAAUAUCUAUUUCUCAACAGUUAACUUUCAUGUUAUGCCGACAAGUUUAAAUAUAAUGUCAUCCAAUCUAUUUCAGUAUUAUUCAAAUUGAAUGUUAAAACAAAUUGAAACUAUGAAUCAACCAAUAAUUAUACCAAAAAAGAGUAGCAAAUAAAUCAGAGAUUUCUUUGAUAUUUUGUAUUAUUUCGAUGUUUUACCAUUAUCAUUAUUUAAUUUUAUUGAUAGUAUUAUUGGAAUUGUAUUUAUUGGAAUUCUUAUUUUACCCAUAGCACAAGAACGUUUAAAUCAUUCGAAAGAUUUGCAAUUGUUAACAAAUUUACCUAAAAAACUUUAUUGGUUCUCCAAUAUAAUAUUUGAUACAUGUUUAUGUCUUAUACUUUCAAGUCUUUUAACAAUUAUUCUUAAGAUUGGUUCAAUAAUUAAUUCAAAUCCUCAAUCUGAAGUCCAGAUUUAUAGAAAUAUUGAACAAAUUGGAUAUUAUUUUUUAAUAAUUUUAAUGUUUUCCCUAGCUUCAAUACCAAUGAUUUAUGUUUAUUCAUUUAUUCAAAAAUCUGAGUUUGUUGGUUUUACUACAUUUUUUAUUAUAAACAUAUUGGCUUGUUUGGCUGAUAUGACUUUUCAUUUGCUUUCAGUAGUUAAACAAAUACAAGUAAAAAAUGCUACAAAUAUAAUUAAUUUAUCAAACAUUAUGAAUCAAAUGACUUGGGUUAUAGCAGUACUUUUUCCAUGUGUAAAUUUCAAGCGUUCAUUAUAUAAUAUUCGUUUAAAAUCAGAUAAAUAUUGUACUUCCGUAUAUAGUUCAGUGAUGUUUACUAAUUAUUCUUUAGACAAUUCAUGGAUGUCAAUUCACGAGCCAGGCAUUGGAAUUUUAUUUAUUAUUUUUUCUUGUCAAAUUAUAUUUUGGUACUUUAUUUUGAUUUUAAUUGAAAACCGAAUUUUAUUCAAAGGAAUUUAUCAUAAAUAUUGGAAGAACAAGGAAACAGGGAUAACAAAAUCAAACCAAUGGAAUAAUACAAAUUUAGAUGAAGACGUACGAAAUGAACGUGAAUUAAUCAUAAAUAACAAUAUUGUAUUGAAUGCAUCAACUAUCUUUGUUCGUGACCUUGUACAAGAAUUUAAAAAACGAAAAGAAAAAUCAAUACAUCGACAAUCUUGCACAAUUAUUGAUCAUUUGAAUUUUUAUGUUCCAAAACAAUCAUGUUUUGGUUUAUUAGGAGCAAAUGGUGCUGGUAAAACAACAUUAUUUCGAAUGUUAAUUGGCGAAUCGACACCUGUGUCUGGGGAUAUAUUUAUCAAUGGGGAAAAUAUUAAUAGAAUAAAAGAAAAUAUUGAUAUUGGUUAUUGCCCACAAUUUAAUUGGCUUAUAAAUAAUUUAACUGUUAUUGAAACAAUAGUUUUAUUUGCAAGAUUAAAAGGAUUCAAAUGGACAGAGAUAUCUCAAUUAUGUAGUCAUAUGUUAAAAAUGUUUGAUCUUGAUUUAUAUACAAAUAAACAAAUACAAGAACUUAGUGGUGGAAAUAAACGAAAAGUUAGUACACUGUUAGCAUUCAUGGGUAAAUCAAUGAUUGUACUUUUAGAUGAACCAACUACGGGUUUAGAUGCAUUUGCGAAGCGAAAAUUAUGGAAUAUUAUUCGAGCAGCACAUUAUCUUAAUAGAACUGUUAUUUUAACAAGUCAUAGUAUGGAAGAAUGCGAAGCAUUAUGUACAAAAAUUGGAAUUAUGAAAUCAGGACAAUUAAUGUGUUUGGGAAAUUUACAAAAAUUAAAACAACGUUUUGGAAAUGGAUACCUUAUACAAGUUCAGUUGUCGUUUGAUUCAAUUGAAAGAUUUAUAGAAGACUUAUUAUUUACUUUUCCUCGAACUGAAAUUCAAAAACGAUAUAAUGGAACAUUAUUUUGUACAAUACCAUUUCUUACAACGAAUGAGAAUCGUAUAAAGUUGUCGCUCAUAUUUCGAUGGUUUUAUAAGAAAAAGAAACAGCAAUUAAUUCAUACUUUUGCAAUAAAAGGGCCAACACUUGAAGAAAUAUUUAUUCGUUUAGUUGGAGAAAAUCGAGUGGCAAUGGACAUUGAUUCUAAUGAAGUUAUAAAUACUUAUUUGUGA